AUGUCUUUUGCUCCUCUCGAAAUCGUCACCGACACUGACUUGCAGAAUCUCGGUAGAUGCGUAUGGAAUUGGCGCCUGUGCGGCAACUGCGAUGGUAAAUCGACUUGCAAAGCACCGGUAUGUCCCUGGAUGCACAAAGAUCGCGUCCAAUCAGCCUUGUCGCGAUAUGAACGUCUUUGUUCAUGCUACGUACCAUUCUCCGCAGCACGACAGGGUUUGGAAAAUCACCAGGAUCUACUCGAUAUCAUGAAUCAAAUUAAAAACAAUCCGGAUGAGUCGAAGGAGCACUUAAUGAAACAGCACUUUGCCGAUGUUAAUUCCGUUCCAGUCUCAGACCAGGAGAAGGCAUACAAUUUGGGCCUGAGUGUGCUGUUGUCCCUGAAUUGUGGCGUACCAAACGACUGCACAGAUAACCUGGAGGACAGCGCCGAUGCGAUUCCGUGGUUGACCGGGCAGUCAGUCAAGGCAUUUAUUGAUGAAGCCUUUGGGACAAAAGCGAUGGUGGACGUCGAAUCGGUGCUCACGUCAGACUUCACCGCGAAACGUUUGACGAGCAAGGCUGGAUUGCGCUUCCAAGCAACGGACGACCUUCGCAGCCACCUGAAACUGGAUCUAAGAACGCGGAGGGUCUAUGUGUAUGACAGCACAACAGUUUUGGAAGAGAUGCUUGUAGCAACGAAGCAAAGCUCUCAGGACAGCACGCUUCCUCGGGCAUUAGUAUUGGAGGUUCUUUACACGAUCUACAAGGUUCUGUUCCCUCCGGGCCGUGAGUCGGAAGUUUUCGCGUCUUAUCUGACGAACAAGCGUGGCUUCGAGAAGAAUUUCUUGCGCUACAAGAUGCGUUCGUUCGGGCGAUACGACGACCCCGAGAUCGAUUACUCCUACUUUGGCGAGCGGUUGAGGGAGCUGCAAAACGAGCUAAAAGAUCCAAGUCCACGCAACUGGUUCGAGCGACUGUUCGAGGGAGGAACGAAGAGUGCUGAACGGAAUAUGUUGAUGGCAACGACGAUUGGUGUGUUCAUCGCAGUCACGAUCGGCCUAUUCGGAUUGGUGCUGGCUGGGUUCCAAGCUUGGGUGGGGUACCAGCAGUGGAAGCACCCGGUCAAAGAUUCGUAA